UUUUCGGAAAGUCAUCAUCGGCAAUCUCCAAAGCCAGCAGCUCCAUCGUAGCAAGUCCGGAUUUUCCAUUGUUUUGUGAUAAAUUUCGUUCCGGACCCGGUAAGGCAAUCAGCAGCAGAGAUGGCGGGAACCCUGGAGGACAAGUCGAUCUGGGAGGACGGUGAGGAAACGCUCGGCGAGGAGGUGCUCCGGAUGCCCACGGACGAAAUCGUCAGCCGGACCAGGUUGAUGGACAAUGAGAUCAAAAUUAUGAAGAGCGAAGUGAUGCGGAUUACGCACGAGCUGCAGACGCAAAACGAAAAGAUUAAGGACAACACGGAAAAGAUUAAGGUGAACAAAACGCUGCCCUAUUUGGUGUCGAACGUGAUUGAGCUGCUGGACGUGGACCCGCAGGAGGAGGAGGACGACGGGGCGGUGGUGGUGCUGGAUUCGCAGCGGAAGGGCAAGUGCGCCGUCAUUAAGACUUCGACCCGGCAGACGUACUUUUUGCCCGUGAUUGGGCUCGUCGAUCCGGAGAAGCUGAAGCCGGGUGAUUUGGUGGGCGUGAACAAGGACUCGUACCUCAUCCUGGAGACACUUCCGGCCGAGUACGAUGCGCGCGUCAAGGCGAUGGAGGUGGACGAACGGCCCACCGAACAGUACUCGGACAUUGGCGGGUUGGACAAACAAAUCCAGGAACUGAUCGAAGCCGUCGUGCUGCCGAUGACGCACAAGGACAAGUUUAAGAACCUGGGAAUUCAUCCGCCGAAGGGAGUGUUGCUUUAUGGACCUCCCGGAACGGGAAAAACGCUGCUGGCUCGUGCCUGUGCGGCGCAAACAAAGUCGACCUUCCUGAAGCUGGCCGGUCCGCAGCUGGUGCAGAUGUUCAUCGGUGACGGCGCCAAGCUGGUUCGGGACGCGUUCGCCCUGGCCAAGGAAAAGUCGCCGGCGAUUAUCUUCAUCGACGAGUUGGACGCCAUCGGCACGAAACGUUUCGACUCGGAGAAGGCGGGAGAUCGCGAGGUGCAGCGAACCAUGUUGGAGCUGCUCAACCAGCUGGACGGGUUCAGUUCGACGGCGGACAUCAAGGUGAUCGCAGCCACCAACCGGGUGGACAUUCUCGACCCGGCACUGCUCCGUUCGGGUCGGUUGGACCGAAAGAUCGAGUUCCCGCACCCGAACGAGGAGGCACGCGCCCGCAUCAUGCAGAUUCACUCGCGCAAGAUGAACGUCAGCCCGGACGUGAACUUCGAGGAGCUGGCCCGGUCCACGGACGAUUUUAACGGGGCCCAGUGUAAGGCCGUGUGCGUCGAGGCCGGUAUGAUUGCGCUGCGUCGGUCGGCCGUCGCCGUCACCCAUGAGGACUUUAUGGACGCCAUCAUGGAGGUGCAGGCCAAGAAGAAGGCCAACCUUAACUAUUAUGCUUAGGAAGAAGUUUCAACUUUCUUUAUAUUGUAUCGAUUUGCUGAAUUUGAAUGCUAACGUUUAGUAAUAAAAUACCGUCUAAUCAACUUUAAA